CGGGGGGUCCGGGUGCGGACCUGGAGCAAUACUGGUCCACAGGAGGAACCUUUAAUCCAUUCUGUCGUCCCAUGGACUAUUCUCCUUUGAUGCAUGCAGCGAGUUCGGGUAACGAUCGUGAGGUCGAGGCCAUUCUAAACUCGAUCAAAGACGCACCGGAGGAAGAGCGCAUGCAGUAUCUGGAGUUGCGGCAGUCCUCCCUGCGAAUGACGCCGUUGCGCGGCCUCGUCACCGGAGCGCGCUUCUGUGAAGUGAACCGUGGCGUGGUUGCCGGCCCUAAUAUCUGGCCGAACCCACCGAAGAAGCACCAAGUCGACCACGAGAAGUGCGCCAGACUAUUGUUGGAAGCCGGUGCAAAUCCGAACUGCAAGGACGUCAUGGGAAAAACACCUUUGAUGCAGUGCUGCAACGCAUUCGCCACUAGCGCUUCCUUCGCCGUCGCGGAGGAACUUGUGGAAUUUAAUGCCGACCUUUCACUCAAAUGCCGGCUGGGCUCUUGCUUAUUGCUACCUGCUUGCCUUCAAGGCCGUAAGGACUGCGUACAAAAGAUGCUGGAGCUUGGUGCAGAUCCGAACAUGGUCAAUGAAAUCCGGUUGGGUGCUAUGAUGCCACCGGGAGUGCCGAAGGAGCAGAGGUUGGUUGAUUUUCCAUUUCCCAAUCCGUCAGCAAAGGCUUGCACAGCGCUACUGCUGGAGGAGGCGGCACGACGCAAGAAAAGCAAGAAGUCGUGGAAGAUCUAGUGGAUACUUGGCUGGAGGAAGAGCUAGAGAGUCAUGUAAAUCGAGAUAAUUCUCAGUUUACCCUACAUCGCCAUGAUGUCUUCAUUGUUGAUCAAUCAUGAAUAAAGAUAUAUUAGACUUCAGAUUAAUAGAAUAUUCCGAGAGGAAGUAUUUUCGGAAAAAACGAAAGUGGCUAAGGCUACACUUCUGCCAAUAGAAAAAGAUCGAUGCUUUUGGAAGCAAUUUAUCUGUGAAGUUGUGCCUCGAUAUACGGUCCGCGCAAGCUCUUGAUCUACAAUGUACACUCUCCCACACAUGUCCUCACUGACCGAAUCUGGACUUUCACGCGCAUAAAGAUUAUCAAGGUUAUUUUUCAUAAAGCUAGCUGACUAUAAUAUUUGUUGUUCGUGACAUGUGACCAAGCUUGUGGUAUCGUCUGCAAGCUGUAUCCAAACUCCAUGCGACAAGGUGCGGGCAAACGUUUGCAGGCCACGGCGCCGAGAGGACAACAAGGCACAUGGUGAC